CCGCUAAGUCGGGCAGCUAUUAUAUCAAGAAACGACGGAGUCCGACGGGACCUUGUCUGGACCGCACACCACAGUGUCUAUGACGGCUGGAGCAUAAACAAAAUGACAGAGCUGCUCGCGCGACUAAUACAGGGCGAGACUCGGUUAGCACCGGUCCCGGCGUCGCGUUUCAUCGCCUAUUUGUCCCGCCAGGAUCAAGAAAAGACGACGGCCUUCUGGCGAACGCACCUCCAAGACGCUAGCUGGUCUCGGUUUCCACCCUUGCCGUCUCCGCAGUACAGCGCGGACCCACGUGACCUGCUGCAUAGCCAACUCAAUGUUUCACAGAUAUCAGGCGAGGUAACUACGCCGACGAUAUUGCGCGCUGCCUGGGCUCUACUUGUCUCGACAUAUACCGGCGCUGAAGAGUCGGUUACAAGCAUUGUCUUAUCCGGCCGCAUGGCACCAGUGGAAGGUAUAACAGACCUCGUGGCUCCGACUGUCACCUCAGUGCCCUUCCGGGUCUCUACCUCACGCGAUCGUUCAGUACGCGACUUUCUCGCCGACGUACAGGAUCGCGCGAUCGAGAUGAUCCCUUACGAGCACACCGGCAUCCAGAAUAUUCGGCGUAUUGUGCCUGACCUUGGACCAGAGUUCGAUCCAGGGCAUAGCUUUAUUGUUCAGCCAGCGGAGGAGAGCGAGAUGGCAACAUCAAUCCCUUAUACAGAGUUGGAACGGAGCACUACCUCCGGAAACGCCUUUGACGCCUAUCCGCUGACAGUUGAGUGCACUAUGGGCUUAAAGACAAACACCGUAGGGAUCGAGCUUAGCUAUGACCGGAAAGUUGUUGCUCCUGGUGAUGCUCAGCGUCUGCUUACCUACUUCGACCAUUUUGUACAAGAGCUUUCGCGAAACGCAGAGGCUGACCAGUCGCUUGAACAUCUUCAGCUACAAUUAGCGGAAGAUAAGGCGCAGCUCUGCAAGUGGAACUCGGUCAUGCCACCACGCAUAGAGCGCUGCAUUCACGACUUGGUCGGGGAGCAGAUAACUGCCCGGCCGGCGGCGACCGCAAUCAGCGCGUGGGACGGCGAGAUGACCUACGGCGAGCUCGACGACGCCAGCCGACGAUUGGCCCACCACCUC